AAAUGGUCAGUGUUUGAUUUUAGGAAGCAAAUAGAAAUAAUUAAAUCAUUUUUAUCCAUCAGGUCUGUGCUGUAGCAAUGCAUCACUUUAUUUCCAUUGUGUUUUCACUGCUGAUCUUUACUGGGCUGCAUGUGAGUGUUCAGUCCACAGGAAGACGUUUGGAGCGGAGCAGCGAAAGACAUUUUAGAUCAUCACUGACUGUUUCGAAUGGGAUGCACUGGGGAUCAUGGGGUCGAAGUGAGUUUUGUCCAGAUGGAACAUACGCCAAGGGAUUUAAUGUAAAGGUUGAAAGAUAUGAUUAUUUUGAUAACACUGCACUCAAUGCGAUUUAUCUUUUCUGUGAGAGUAAAUCUGAAGACGCUUCAGGAACCAUUGGGUCUGAUGAAGGAAGCUUUGGUCAGUGGAUAGAUUAUGUCCAAAUGUGUCCUAAAGGAUUCUUAACAGCUUUUCAGUUGAAAGUUGAAUCUUCUCAAGGAAUUGAUGAUGAUACGGCCGUAAACAACAUCAGAUUUACCUGCAGUGGGGGGCAUGAGAUGGUGGGUGAGGGCACAACCUGGGGCCAAUGGGGCAAAUGGAGCCCGACAUGUGAGGGAACAGGAAUCUGUGGCAUCAGGACGCGGAUAGAAGAGCCGCAGGGAUUCGGAGACGACACCGCUCUCAAUGAUGUGAUCAUGUACUGCUGCGAUUGAGGUCAUUUAUCACAUUUAACCAGGGUCCUGGAAAACCCUUGAAAACAUACAGACUUAUGAAGAGGCUCUUGAAACCGCUUGAAUUCUCAAACAUACAAAAUGAUUGUUCAUUUUUCUCCAAUUUAACACAAAUGUAAUAUCAUGAAAUAAAAAAAGGUAAUUACAAUUAUCAGAAUUGCAAGAUCUCAGAAUUGUGAGUUAUAAAGAAAUGCAUGAUAUAAAAUCUAAACUGUGUGAUAUGUGGUCAGAAAUGUGAGUAAUAAAGAAAUGCAUGAUAUAAAAUCAAAACGGCAUGAUAUGUGGUCAGAAAUGUGAGUAAUAAAGAAAUUAAUGAUAUACAAUCAAAA